ACUCGUGAUUCUUUCAUCACUGGCAUCUCUGUCGAAGACAAAAGCGACGCACCUGCGAGCUGGAUGGAGACGGACAUGUCGAUUUAUUUAUUCUAAUCAUGCUGAUCUGUGACUUGAUAAGGAUUACGACAGUGAUUAUUUUCUCGCUCGGGAAGUAAACAAAAGGGAUUUGAAUAGACUAUUUAUCACGAAUAUGAUGCUCUGCGCUCUCCUCCAUCACCAGCUAGGCUUUUUGUUUUUCUUCCUCGUCAGCGCAGUAGUAACUCGCUCCUCUCAGAUUUCCGACCUUAAGUCCAAGCUGUCCGGUGUGGAGGAGCUGCUGGAGGAGUUCCGUAAGCAGCUGCAGCAGGAUGACUCGUAUCAGGGCGCUGAGGACACCAGUGAUGAGUGUGUGAGUGACUUUGACGCGGCGGAGGAGCGCAUCAUCCGCGCCAUGGCCUCCAUCGAGCGCGGCGCCACCUUCCUGUCGGCACCGGGCCGCGUUUACAGCCGCCGUGACUGCGUGCGUGCCUGCUGUGCCGAACCGCGCUGUACCACGUCCAUUGUCCAAGAGCAGCCGCAGCAGCCGGACAGCGGCGCCGGUUUGCGCUGCUACUUGUUCAACUGCACGUACGGCGGCGCAAACGUCUGCGCCUUCUCGUUUCAGCGGGGCUUCAGCACGUUCAGUCGUGUAGCGCGCAACGUCAGCGCGUCCAGAGAGCGUCACCGGAGGCCUGUGGAGGAAGAUGAAGAUGGUGACUCGUCGAUGCGAGAGCUGGACGAACCCCCACGCAGCGAUGCUGGAAUGGACGUAGUGAUCCAGCUGCCUACAGACUGGGCCAUACUGGAUGGAAGGGACAGCAUGGAUGACCACGGGGUUGUACGUUACGAGUGGGCUCUCGUCAAAGGAGAUCCAUCAGUUAAUAUGAAGGUUACCCACCCGGGUCUGCUGAAGCUGAGCGGGCUCAGAGAAGGCGUCUACACUUUCCAGAUGACUGUCACAGAUACAAUAGGACAGAGGAGUUCAGAUAAUGUCUCCGUCACUGUGCUGGCACCCAAACACCACGCAGAAGUAUGUACUCAUCGUUGCUCGCAUUACCAGUUCAUGUGUGAUGACGGCUGCUGUAUCGACAUUAGCUAUGCCUGUGAUGGCAAACAGCACUGUCCUGAUCGCUCGGAUGAAGACUUCUGCCGCAACUUCGACGGAGGCCGCAAGACGGUGACUCACACAGCCAGCGCUCCGUCUCAGAACGGAGGAGCCAGAGAAGCAGAGGGCCGAGCUAUGAUUCCUUCAUCACCAGACAAUCCUGAAACCCCCACAGAGCCCAAACAGCAAAAACAACCUACAGUUGAUCAAGAUCCCUGCACGAUGCCCCCUGUGGUCGGUCCAUGUAAAGGGGUUUUCCCACGCUGGUAUUAUGACCCCACAGCCGGAGAGUGUAAACACUUCUUGUACAGCGGCUGCAAAGGGAAUCACAACAACUUUUUGCAGCAGGCUGACUGUGCAAACGAGUGCAUCCAUAAACCCGUUCCAGGUGAUCGGCAGGCCACUGCAGCACCUCUUCCCACCACACACACGAACACAGCUGCCAGGUCCGAAAGUGCCGAAGCCAAAUCCAAGACUUCUACAUCAUUAUCCCAGAAUGCUCAGCCAGUAACUAAAGCUCAUUCAGAACUGAGUGGACACUCGCCGCCAGAGUCAGGUGUGAUCCUGGCUCUGGUUGUCGGGGUGAUCGUUAGCGCUCUGCUCCUGCUCAUGGUGGGCUGCAGGCUGCGUGUUCGACGUCACAGGAGGAAGAAAGCUUUGCCGCUCACCACAGAGGAAUCCGAUUACCUCAUCAACGGCAUGUACCUGUAGUGCAGCGUCGUACACACACACACACACACACACACACACACACGCACACACAAAUGUAUCUUUGGAAAGGAGAACCAUGGAUAUAAUUUAAAAAGAUUUAAAAUAAUGUAGAAUAUCAGCUGCUACACUGAAUCUGAAUACAUCAUCUAAAACUUCUGAUUAGGAAGCAGUUCCGCUUGUUUUGAUAUUCAGUGUCUUACCUUCGCUUGAUGAGGUGUGUGUGUAUGUCUAAAUAAUGAGUUCUAGCAGGAAUGUCUUCAAAGGGAAAAAAAAAUAACAAGGAUGUUAAUAUGAAAAAAUAGUAGAAACUCCUGCAGCUGUCAAGAACAGGAGUCUGAAACGGCACAGCUGAAGUCUAGCCAAUGUUUUCCAGAAAUGUUCUGGUUUCACUGUAGCAUCAGAUUCCUGCUCUUCUCAAGCAGGAGUGUGGUCUUCUGCUAUUGUAAUCCAUCUGCCUCCAUGUUGUGCGUUCUGAGAUGCUUUUCUUCUCACUACGGCUGUAAAGAGCGGUUAUUUGAGUGAACGUAGCCUUCAGGCGGAGCCAGUCACUGGCCGUUCUUCUCGCACCUCUCUGAUCGACAAGCUUUUUCCAUCUUCCAAUAGAAUUGAUGCUCACUGGAUGUUUUUUUUUGCCAGUUUGUGUAAUCUCUAGAAAGUUUUGUGUGAGAAAACUGCAGAUCAGCAGAAACCGUUCAAGUGGCCAAAAGCCGUUCCUACUGUAGAGAAGUAGAGCAAUAGAGGCCUGUGUUUCAAAUUGAAAUAAUGAUCUUAAUUAAUUGUGUAUCAAAAUGAAAAUUCUUGACUAAAUUCAACAACCAAUAAAUUCCUUUAUUAUUAUUAUUAUUAUUAGUAGUAGUAGUAGUAGUAGUAGUAGUAGUAGUCCUACUACUACUAAUAAUAAUAAUAACAAAAAAAAAUUCAAGGUAAAUAAACUUUAACAUAUUAUUACUGAAAAAUUAUUCAUUUUAAUAAGAUUCCAUAAAACCCAUAAAUAAAUAAAAAUAUAUAAAAUAAAACCUUUUACAGAAGGUUUAUUUGUCAGAAGGUUAUUUAUUUAUUUUUUGGUUUGUUUGUUUUAAAAUACUUUUUUUUUGUCAAAUUUCUCUUUCCAAAAGUGUAAAAAGUCUCAAUUCAUUUUGCCGUUUUACGACAAAAAAAAUCAGAAGCUGAAAUCUCUUUUCAUCCUUAAAAUCGAAAGGUUUUGAAUUACGAAUGAAUAAAUGUAAUUAUUAACUAAUAACCAGACUAUUUAUUGAAAACAUUUUGUCAUUUAUUUUUCUUGUCAUUUUGUGGUUUGGGUUUCACUGUUAUUAUUUUAGAAUCUAUCUCCUAUAGUGAAAUGCUGUUUUAUCUGUACAUUUAUAAUGCUAAGUAAACUGUCAUGGAUCUACAGCACGCGGGAAAUAGUUAUUUAGACACCCUUGUUUUUGUUAUUUAGUGUAUGUCUAUUGCACACAUGAUUAGCCGUUUCUGUGGUUCUUUGUGGUUCUUUUUCCAUUGUAGUGUUGUUUAAUAAUGAACCUUCACAAGCUCUACUUUUUUUUAUAUAUUUUUUUUUAAACAGCUUUCUUUAUGCUGUCCAAAAGACUUGUAAUUUCAAAGUGAAUAUACUGUAUGCAAUGGAAGUAUAUCAAAUAAUAAAAAUUAAGAGAUUAAUGCUGACUCCAGAA